CCAACGCUGCCUGAUGUGUCAGGGCCUGGCUGUGGCAGAGUGCUGCAGCCUCUGAGCGCCAUUGGCCAGCACAAGCUCAGCCCGUGCUGCUCACCCCAGCUCCGUCAGUGGGCUUGGCCGCGUGCCCUCACCUUGGCAGAGGCUGCAAGGCCUCUACCUGUCAUUUGCUGAGCUAGACACGGUAGUGGAGCAGGCGCUGCCUGGCCCCAGCCAUGUCUUGCAUCCACUACAAGUUCUUCUCCAAGCUGAACUAUGAUACGGUCACCUUCAGUGGCCUCGACAUCUCCCUUUGCGACCUCAAGUGCAAGAUCAUGCGCAAGGAGAAGCUGAAGGCAGCCAACUGUGAUCUGCAGAUCAGCAAUGCCCAGACCAAAGAAGAAUACACAGAAGAUGCCUUGAUUCCUAAAAACUCAUCAGUAAUUGUCAAAAGAAUCCCUGCUGGGGGAGUUAAAGCUACCGGCAAAACAGAUGUUCCGGCUCCUCAGUCACACAAAAUCCCUGGAGCAGCUUCUUUCAGAAGUCGAACUGAGCCAGCGAGCAGAACAUCAGAAGCAAACUUGAAUAUGCGUUUAUUUUUUUGCUGAACAGGUGAAUGAUGAGCCUUCUGCAUCUCUUUCUCUGGCCCAGCUUUUAAAGGUGUGUAUAUUUGUAUUGUUGUAAAAUAUUUAAAAAUAAGAGUUUCCUUCAUAUUUUUAAGCCUCACUUGCAGUCUAUAGAUGGAUAAGUGUUGUAAUGUGAACAAAACUUUAAUUUUUAAUAAAGUAUUUAGUUUAA